GUGGCACGUUCCGUGGCAGGUCCCGGAUGUUCCAGUACACACCUCUACAAGAUGGCGCCGUCAGGGUUUGGGUGAUCCCUAGAAUUAUUUAUUUCCAGACGGAAUCGGAGCUUUUUCGUGCCGCCCGCUGCAACAAACGUUACCUAUGCAAGGAAGGAUGAGAAGUGCGGACUGCCUCCUCAAGCCGGUGGGUUAACAGGUGUCCGAAGAAGUGAGAACAGAAUAAAGCAAAGAUGUCGGGAAGUUUAGCAGGAGGCGACCAUGCCCACUUCUGCCCCAGACUUCUGGACUACAUCGUCAUAGUGGGAGCCAGGAAUCCCAACGGCAACAGUGCCGCACAGACACCAGAGCUGCUACGCAGGUACCCAGUGGAGGACCAUGAAGACUUUCCCCUCCCCCCGGACGUUGUGUUCUUCUGCCAGCCCGAGGGUUGCAUUAGCGCCGGCGUGAAGCGCGUUUCCCUUCGGGAGGACAACUCUUUCGUCUUCUCCCUCACUGAGAAGGACUCUAACCGCGUCAGGUUCGGAAUGUGCGUGAACUUCUACCGCCCGUUCGAGAAAAGAAACUCGACCGAUCACGGCGGGCGGGGCUCAGCCGGCGAGCAACCACAGACGCUACAGAAACCCAGAACUGAGUCCAUAGACGGGGACGACGAGGGGUUGGAGCCCCAGACGCACAGGCGGAGACGGAAGCAGGGCCGCGUGAGGAACAACACGCUCACGUCCCUGUGCAUCGUCAGCCACCACCCCUUCUUCUCCACCUUCCGGGAAUGCCUGUUUAUCCUGAAGAGACUGAUCGACGCCUGCAAUCAGAGGACUGGGGGGAAGAAAGUGGGAGCAGCCAAGGGGACGUUUAGAAAUUCUGUCUGGGGCGUCCUAACGGGUAACAGAACGGACGACAAAGCCAGCCUGGUGACGCACGACGUUCGAGAGCUGGAGACCUGGAUAUGCCGACUUCUCAGCGCGCCGGUGUGCAUCCCGGGGAAGACACGCGUGGAGGUCUCCAUCCUCCCGACGGAGAUGCAGGCGCCCAUGACCUUUGCCCUGCCCGACGCGCACCGGUUCUGCCUGGCGGACUUCCCCAUGCACCUCCCCCUGGAGCUGCUAGGGGUGGAGACCUGCCUGAAAGUGCUGACCUGCAUACUGCUGGAACAUAAGAUUGUACUCCAGUCCAGAGACUACAACGCCCUGUCCAUGAGUGUGAUGGCGUUUGUGGCGAUGAUCUACCCGAUGGAGUACAUGUUCCCAGUCAUCCCCCUGCUCCCCACCUGCAUGAGUUGUGCAGAACAGGUACAAAAUCUGCUGCUAGUCCCAUCCCCGUACAUCAUUGGAGUCCCUGCCAGCUUCUUCCUCUACAAGGCAGACUUCAAACUGCCUGAUGACGUCUGGCUCAUCGACUUGGAUUCUAACAAGAUCACCGUCCCGCGCUGUGCUGAUGAACUACCUCCCCUCCCAGAGCCGGAGGGUACCCAGCUCAAAAAUCACCUCAAACAGGCCCUGUCCAGUAUGAGCAUGGCCCCUCAGCCCAUCCUCAACCUGGACAAGGUGCAGGAGGAAAACCUGGCCGUACCGGUGAGGAACGCUUCCCCGUCAACCCCUGAGAUGGGCUUUAACCCGCUCAUCUAUGGGAAUGAUGUGGAUUCUGUCGACAUAGCAACCAGAGUUGCGAUGGUGAAGUUCUUCACCUCUAAGAACGUGCUGGGUGACCACUGGGUGCACACCCGCACCCUGAGACUGUACCCGCGCCCGGUCGUGGCCUUCCAGCUCGCCACAUUCCUCAAGUCCAGGGGCAAGCAGACGGACUUCAUCAAGAGACUGGCUUCCACUCAGGCGGUGGAGUAUUUUGGAGAAUGGUGCCUGGCGCCGACAAACACAACCUUUCAGAGAAUACAAAACACUGUGCAUGACCCCGUGCUGAUAGGAGACAAGCCGAAGUGGUACGCACACCAGCUGGCCGCUGUACAGUUCAACGUGUACGACGACAACUCCACCCUGGCCUCCGCGCUCGAGCUCGCCCUGACCGACCAGGUGGACGACCAAUCGGAGCCUCCCACGGACGAGUCGGGCAGCGACACGGGGUCGGAGGUCAGCGAGGACGACGCGGGCGGAUCCACGACAAGUUCGUCCUAUUCGUCACUAAGUGACUUUGUGACGGACAUGAUUAACAGUGGCAUUAGUGGUACUACUCCAAGUGUCCCUGAGAUUGAGGUAGACAGAGAGGCCCUGGCUCACUGCUCGCCACCCAGCACAUUACAGGUUCCACCAAUGCUGCAGGAGAGCCCCUCCCCCGUUACCAUGUCUCCCCACUCCACAGCCACCACGCCCUCCCCGGACUCCGAGAAACAAGCCAUCAACCCCAUGUUCCACGAAGAGGGUGACAGAGGAAAUGACACCGACGCAGACAUCGACUCUCUGAACUACGACUCCGACUCUAGCCACCCGUCCAAGACCGACGCCUUGGAGUACAUCGCCAAGCAGGCCAAGGGCCGGCCUGAGCUGGAGACCGACAACAACAACAUCCCCAAGUCGCGCCCCUACGGCCCGUCCAUGUCCAUGUACGAGCUGCCUGUGCACGGGGACGGGACGGGCAGGGGCGCGGGGCUGCCCAGUCUGGUGGAGAAAGGCGAUCCCCAGUCAACGUGGUCGCUGGCGUCCAUCGCCAGCAAGAUCUCCAACCUGAAGAUUGACCAGUCGGACGCCGAGUCGGUUUCCUCGGCAACAAGCAGCGACCGCAACGGUUACACACGUAUGAAAAGCAGCAUGAGUAGCUUUUUCUCAUUCGCAACAGAUAGCCUACAGAGGAGCAGCAGUGGAGUGUCCACCCUCAGCACCAGGUCAAGGGGAAGUGAUGGUGGCAAGUCCUUUGGCCCUUUCCCACGAGCCCCCAGCAGCAGAAAAGCGUUGGCAGACAAGUCCCUGAUCAGGCACAGCAGCAGUCAGUCCUCCCUCAGGAGACCCCCUCCCCCCUCCAAGGGCAGCCCCCAGUCCCCUCCAGACUCCUCCAGGAUCAACAGCAGUGAGAACCAACAGUUCCUGAAGGAUGUUGUGAGCAGUGUUCUGGAAGGCCAGGGUGUUGGCUGGUUGCAGCUGAAGAAGCUGAAGAGACUGAUGGAGCAGGAGUCUCUCCGCAUGUUCGUCAUCAACCGGCUUCUGGAGAACGCAGUCAGGGACGAGGAGAACAGCAAGGAGGGCAGAUACAGCGAUCACAUCGAGGACGUGAAAGUGAGCCGUGCGGUGUACAAGGGCAUGUUAGCCGUGCUGAAGGCUUGUGUGGUGGGCCUGGAGAGUUCCCACGAUAACCACGUACCCGGAGGAGUCGCCAGUGCCUUUGGGGUGUUGGAGAUUGCACAUACACACUACUACACCAAGGAGGUUCCCCAGUUGCCCAAAAGGAAGGAAGACUUUGAUAAAGACGAGGACAAGGGCAGCCGGAGGAGGAAGAACUACGACACCAGGAGCCUGGAUGAAGAGAACAUGGUGGCAGCUCUAGGAAAAAGAAUGUUUCUGAAAAAGGCUUGGCAGCUUUGGACAGGCAAUUACUGUUUAGAAUCCCCCACCUUCAUUCCAUUACCGAGCAUUUCCCUGCCAACUCUUGACCAUUGGCUCCCUGAAUCAGUCUUGAGGGGCAGCAUGUGGAUACCUAAGACGGCUGCCUCGGCCGUCAGUAGUAUUAUGAAAGGUGUGCCUAAGGGGAGAACCGAGUCAGACCGGGAAACGACCAUAUAUUGGGGAGCCUCCUCCCGUGCUCAGCGAAACCCUAUCUGGACCGCCACCUACCGGUACAAACCAGGGAGUGACGGUUUUGAAGUUGUUGAGAAACCUGAUGGGUCGACAUCUGGUGAGGACAAGGAGUCUGACAGGGAGAGCAUCAUCGAAGGGGCAGAGGGUAUUGACGAAGACAUCAAGUCAGCAGAGGAUCUGCUGUACAUCAAGCAGAGAAGAAAGAUGAACAAAAACAACAGUGUUGACUCUGAUACCGUGUCAGAGUCCAGCACUCUUGUUAGCAACAGCUCAGAGACUCUUGCUAAUGACAGUGACUACAGCACAGCCAGCAAUGAGAACCUGUGGCCACAGAGAAUCAACCACCACUCCAUACGGGCAGCCGUGUCAGACAGCGAGAUAGAGAGAACAGGAGGGCAAAUGUCUCCCAGCCGAAGAGCGCCGACCACCACCUGGCACAGUAAGAGCACCCUGAGUAAAGGGUUCCGCUACAGGAACGGUCACCUCAUCAGCACGGCAGGGUCCACACAGGACGGCAUUGAGAGGCACUAUAUCUUUGAGGGUCUUAUAGGCCUGGAACGUACCAGCAUCUGGGACCAGAUUCCGUUCUGGGACGAGGACAGUGAAAUUUCCACCCCCACGAUCCUCACCCCUGAUGUGCCUUUUGUCAAGUCGGUUGGCAUGACAGGCAUUACCGCUGUGUCUGACAUACAGCAAACAGUCACUCAGACUGUGUGGGGCAACGGAAAGGAGCGGUCUGCGCUGUGGGAGAACAUGCAGUUCUGGGAGGAUGGGUUUCUGGACCUGGUGGCUCAGGAGAGGGAGCUGGUCGGCAUGGACCAGGCUCCCGCAGACAUGAUUGACAGGUACAAGGCCAUGAGUGCUGAGGACAGAAAACGUCUGGAAGAAGAUGAGGACAAACUACUGUCAACUCAGUUGUUCAACUUGGUGGCCUACAUGGUCUCCAUGCAGGUGAGUAAGAACGAGUGUCGGCGGAAGAUUCGGAGGCUGCUGGGGAAGUCCCACAUCGGGCUGCUGUACAGCCAGGAUGUCAUGGACGUGCUCGAUCAGAUCAACAACUUGCAUGGAAAUGACAUCGACCUGAAGCCCUACAGCAGCAGGUACAUGAGGAAACAGACGUUUGUGGUCCAUGCAGGCACGGACACACGGGGAGACCUGCUCUUCAUGGAGGUGUGUGAUGAUGCCAUCGUGCUGAGGACCGGGAACGGCCAGAUCCAGGAGAGGUGGUGGUACGAGAAGCUCAUCAACAUGACCUACUGCCCCAAAACCAAGGUGCUGUGCCUCUGGAGGAAGAAGGACAACCAGACACAGCUCAACAAGUUUUACACCAAGAAGUGCAAGGAGCUUUACUUCUGCGUGAAGGAUAGCAUGGAGAAGGCUGCCGCUAAGCAGAAUGGGAAGAAACCAGGGUACAGCCUCCUAGCCAGGCUGAUAGGGGAGCUGCCUAUGGAAGAUGUGCACACACGGAGGAAGGCUGGACCAGAGCUGGGAGGAGAGUUCCCCAUCCAGGACAUGCAGACGGGGGAGGGGGGUCUGCUGCAGGUCACCCUCGAGGGCAUCAACCUCAAGUUCAUCCACACCCAGGAGCUGGAGGCCUUCAUUGAACUGAAGGACAUCCGCAAGUGCAACACGGAGAAGGGCGUUUUCGUUCUUGAACAGUUUGAUUCCCAGACCAGACAAGUUACUGUUAGAAAAUACAAAUCAUCAAUGGCAAAUGAAAUCUGCUAUGCAGUCCUCUGCGUGUUCUCCUAUGUAGCAGCAGCAAAGAGCCAGGAGAAGAGGGAACUGGAAGCCAAGUCUCCUGUGAAGUAGACUCACCUCUUCAUGUAGACUACAAAUAAUGUAGGGGUUUUGUAGGCCAACAGCACCAUGAUAAAACAGUUUGAUUGAACAAUGUAUGGAUUGUGUUGGUGAGAUGCUUGGGUGAAACUUUGCACACACCAUGAUCAUAAUUGAGACCAACAACAUAGUGGUACAAGAAAAUCAUUAUAUAGGUUUACUAUCACAUACAAUUUGAAGGUAAAAAAAAAGUUCUAUCCAACGGCAACGCUAUCUGGCAAUAUUUCAACAACUCAGUCAGCUGCCCUCACUAGGUUGACCUUUGACCUCGGCUGCACAUGCAAACUCUGAACUGUGAAAUGACUCAUAGCUUACACUCUACUGUUGAUACCAGCGUUCUUUUUGCAAAAAUUUAACCCAGUGCCUCAUCAGCACCAUCUAUUACAGUAUAAAGCACAACAGUUGAGCACUUAGCCCCUGGGUGUGACUUUUACCUUUACCUAGUCCCAUCCUCAUGUUUAUGUAUGACUAUGUAUGUAAAUAUCCCCCAACUAUACAGUCACUGUAUCAUACUCUCUAUAGGCAGCUUAACUAUGCUACUUACAAUAGUGUGAACUUACAGUUGUACUAGUCUGAUGCAUUUUGCCUUUUCCUAGAGACUACAGUAUUUGAAGGUGUUGCACGCAUCCAAGCUCUAUAGAUAGCAAUAAUUAAUGUACCAAUGGGACAGACGUCCUUAUGUACAUAGUGCCUCUCCUAUGCCUUAGACAUUUUUGAAUAGUCAAAUGAGAUGUUUUUAUUGGCCGAGCAGGUUAGCCAAUCAGAUGGCACAAAUUGCCAACUAGCAGUUUUGAUUGGUUAAUAGAUCAUGUACAUGUUAGAUGUGGGGCUUGCUGUUUAGCAAAGUUUUAGGUGAUAACUGAUUGAUGUAUAACUGUAAUUCUGCAACCAACAUGUAUAAAGUAUAUAUCAUUCCAAAAGCUUUCGUGCAAUUGCAAAAUUGUUAUGAAAUGGUGAAAAUACAUUCAUUAAAUCUAUUGUGUAGAUCAAUCUAUCCAUAGGUAGUGUAAACGUACUUGAUGAACGUUUACACCAAGUCAGAUCAGAAACAGUGCAAUUGAGAUGACAAAUAAGUGAAUAUAGCUUGAAUAAUGAUGGAACAAAUAAUCCCCUGAAAUGUGAACUUAGUACUAUAGUAGAAUGUUAUGAGAAUGGGGAACAAAUAUAAAAGGUGUGCAAUGGUUUUAUCGUAAGAAUGGAGAAAAAGUGUAAUUAGCAGAUUGUAUAAAGUCUGUGCACCAUGAAAAUGCACAUUUUGUGUACAUAGCUAGCUUAUAAUAUUACUAUGAUAGUAAAACAUUCAUACUACAACUAGUGGACUGUAUAGUACAUGCAUAGGGUUGUAGAGUUUUGUAUUGUUUGCUAUAUAGUUAAAUAGUUGUCAUUAACAAUAUUAUAGUGGAGAUAGCAUCAUUGGUGUAUCAAGGUUUUAACAUGCUAUUAGUUUUUUUGUUGUUGCUUGGAACAGAAGUUGCUCUUCUAGAAGGGUUUUUAUACAUAUUAAGUUUAUCUUGAUUUGCAUUGUGAAUAAAGACCACUUCUCAUCUGCCACAGAUUAAAA